AUGCCCGUUCAGAACAGUCACUGGAGUACCUGCCAGAAGUGCAAGACUUGGGACUGGGAUGACGCAGUCUCCAGGAGACAGGGCAGAUGUGGCAGGUGCGGAACAUCCGUCAAGCUGCACGCCAAGACCAAGCAUGGAGACAAGGGCAAGGACAAGCGACAGGACGGUUCCAAGCUGCUGGACCAAGGCCCCGCCCCCGCGGCCACCAACACCAACAGCAAGGAAGGCGAGCUGCUCAGGACCCUCAUCACGUCCUUGGCAGCCGGCGCAGCUCCACAACAGGCCGCGGCAUCUGCAGCCCAGGCCUUGUUGGAGCACACGCAGCCGUCUCUCACCCCAGAGGAGCAGGUGAAGAAGACGUCGGGCGCGUGGCGGGACGCCAGCCUCAAGCACGAACAGUCCGUAUCCAUGGUAUUGAAGUGCCGCGAGAACCUUGCCAGGGCCGAGGAGCGCGAGCAGCAGGCAGCGGUCACCUUGGCCGUUGCAGAGCGGGCUCGCCAGGCGGCAGCAGCGGCCUUCUCGCGGCAGGUAUCUUCACCCACCAGCGGCGGCGGCGGUGAUCCAGGGGCAGUAUUCGACCUGACUUGGGACGAGAGCCUGUUCGCCAGCGUGGGUCAGCUCGAGGGCAUCGAGCAGUCCGAGAAGGACGGCUUGCUCAAGAUUGCCGAAGAGCUCAGACAGUACAAAACCAGAUUCGCUGAGAGCGGAAGCGUGAUCAAGGAGCGCCUGGACCAGGCGCGCAAGUUGCACAUGCAGGUCACCGAGAGGCUCACCAAGAAGCGCAAGCAGGCUGCGGACCAGGCCGCCAGCGGGCAGCCCGCGCCGCCGCCAGGCGGCGCCAGGCAGGCAGGCACCAGCGCGGGCACACCAGGAGGCGCCAGCGCAGGAGCCACAGGCGCCGCAGGCGCCACGGGCUCAGCGCAGGCGCCGACGGAGCCCGAGCUCAAAGCAGCGGCUGAAGCUUUGUCUCAGAAGAAGUUCGCAGAGAUGCAGGCGAAGCGCGAGGACACGACGCCUCUGGCGGGCUCCAUCCAGCAGUUUCGCUACGUCAAGUCAGUCAGUCACUCCUUCGGUUGCGUGGGGUACCUGUUCGAGGGGUCCAGGACCUACGGCCGCAUCAUCUUCGUCCGCAUCGGCAGCGACGCCAGCUACCUCAGUCUCCACCGUGGAUGCGGAGGCGCUGGCGCGGGGCAGCCAAGGUGA